CGUAUCAUGGUUUCCAACUUUUUGAUUGUCAUGGGACUUCGUUUCUCGUUUUAAGGAAAUUAAAAUCAAUGCUUAUUUAUGUUGGUGACCUGUGAUGAUGUGAGUGAUUGACCAAUUUUUCAUUCACCGUUAUUAACAAGGAAUAUCCAAAGUAGAAUGCAUUGAAGCAUUGAAGCAUCGAAGCAUCGAAGCACUGAAACCAAAACCCUUUCGCCUCUCCCUAAGGGAAAUCUCACAAGAAAUCACCCCUCGCUCUCUUUCUCCUGACUCUUUCUGCUGCUUUCUGAGCCAGCCAAUUUUACCCCAAAAAAGAAGCAAAAGGUAGGUGAAAUCAUCUUAUAAUGAAUGUGAUCACGAUCACGAUCACGAUCACGAUCACGAUUACAGUUACAAUUAACAAUUGUGUCUACAUUAUGCCUCCUCUGAAUUCAAUUGUUCUUCUAUACAGGAAUUUGUAAUUCUUUUUCUCUAACUGCUCAAUAUUUCAUUGGAACUGGAUUUUGAAUUGAAUUGAAUGGAAUCUUCUUUCUUUGUUGUCAUCAUUCACGUUUCUCUCUUCGAACAAUUUUAUUUUUCAUUGUCCGAAAACAAGCUGAUGAUUCCCAAAAGAUAAAUAACCUACCUACCUACCUGCACGCGUAAGUCUGCAACCCUUCAAGGUAUUUAUUGGUUUGAUUAAGGCGCAUACGCCAGCGUCCAUACGAUGUGAUGUGAUCAAAUUGUUAAUUUUAACAGCGCAUAUUUAUAACCGUACAUGUUCAUCUAACACUUCCCUAAUAGUUACAAGAGAUUCGAUCCAUUUUACUUUCCUCGAUAUCCUAGAAACACAUCAGGUCUUUUCUACUAAAUUGUCAUCAUGAGCGCGUCAGAAUCAAGUACUUUACAUGCGAAGACUCCUGUCCCCACAGGCCAGCAAUCCAUAACCACGUCAAGGGCCCCUCUAUUAGCUGAGGGAUUCACAGUACCAACGAACCAAACGUCAUCGAAAUCCGCUGAAAGUAAUGAUGUUGAUGUGGAUGCAGGUGAUGCUGCGAGCGGAACCGCAAAGUCGGGAAAGAGAAGACUAUUUGGAUUUGGGAGAAAGAAGAACGAUGAGAAGGUAAAGGGUAAAAGCAAGGAUGAGGGAACGCUUGCUGGCAAUGCACCAUUGAUUCGACCUCUCCAGCAGGCGCAUGCAACAAAUUCUCCUCCACGAUCAGGUUAUCCAUACCAACAUCCAUCGUCACCGCCAAGUCGAAAACUCUUCUCAUCUUCACCGCGUGUAGUGUCACCUGCAGGAUCACAAAUUUUCGAGCGCGAUGUGCAAGAAAGUGCCAUUCAACCAAAUUCUCCCGCAAUUCCGUCACAUAUACAAACAGAGGAUCACAUUCCGCCGGUCUUGGAUGCCUCGUCCGAAGCUAUUACCAACAAUGACAUUGACCCGGAUACGGUGGAAAUUGUUAUGCACUCUUCUCAUCAGCCGGCAGCAAUGUCAAUGACUGGUAUUAGCAGCAGCGAACCUGCAUCAAUGUGGGCAGAUGAGUUGGUGGCCCACCCUGACAGGGACGACGCGGCAUCCAACUACGGUGCUCUCGACAGUACAGAUAUCCGGAGAUUAAGCUUCAUCUCAUUUGCAGAUGUAGUACAAUCAGAACAUGCGGAACAUGCUGGCAACAGAGACUCAAUCUAUAUUGCGGGACUUAGUGCGUUGUCAUCACCAGGUAUAUCACCUGGUGUGAACCGCUCACCUUCUCCCGUGCGGUCACCAGUAUCAUCAUUCGGCUUCGGAACAUCACCUCCGACAAGUAAAUCUGCUUCGGUGAAAGGUGUUGAGCUAUCACCAGGUCGAAAACAAACCGCUCUUGCUAGUCCAACAUCGCUUCACUCACCUACGAAUGGUGGGGAAUUAACUAUAGAGACGAUGGCACAGGCCGUUAGGAAGACGGCGAGCGGUGAUCUUAGCGGCGGCCUUCGCAGUUUACCACUAAGCCCAGUGAGCUCUGAUGGUCCUGACACGCCAUUCAAGUAAGCUAGUGAGGAUCGGGGCUGGAUUGUUUGUUAGAUGGGUGUCUAUUAUUCUAUGUCAGCUGUAUAUCCGGGAUUUGUUUUAAGGGUUGGGACCACUGCUGAUGGGGACAAGGGAAGGGGCACGGAUUGUUGCGUACAUGAGAUAUGAGAUACUCGAUUGAGCGAACGGCACCGGCGUUCCGGAUCAGGAUUUGUCUUAGUUCUUUUUUAAGCUUCUUCAUCAUGGUAAAUCGAUAUCUCUACAGCUUGUGUGAGUGAUUGAAAUUGGUAUUCGUGAUAUAUUUAUAUGAUGAUGUGCUAUAGUAGUUUUGAGGCCCACUCAGUACUUAGUAGUGUUAGGCUUGCUACACAGGAUAUGAUGAAGAUGAAUAUAUUUGGGAUGUUACAACAUGCAGUCUAUGUACUAUGUAGCCACUCUUUAGUCAUUUGUGUGAGGAUUGAUAAUAU